CCCUUCCAGUCCGGACACUUCCCCCCCUUCAGUCCGGACACUUUUCCCCCCCUUCCAGUAUCCGGACACUUUCCCCCCCAUUCCAGUCCGGACACUUUCCCCCCCUUCCAGACCGGACACUUUCACCCCCUUCCAGUCCGAACACUUUCCCCCCCUUCCAGUCCGGACACUUUCCCCCCCUUCCAGACCGGACACUUUCCCCCCCUUCCAAACCGGACACUUUUACCCCCUUCACUGAACCAGCGGCAAUUUUCAGCUUUCAGCGCUAUCACACUUUUGAAUGACAAUUGCGCGGGUCAUUUGCGCAACCCUGUACCAAAAUGAAUUUUUUACCAUUUUUUU